CAAAAUCUGUGGUGGACGGAGGCAACCGCUGCUAGCUGUGGCCUGCAUCCAUCUGCUCCCUCUUCCUCCCUGCGUGUCCCCUCCGCCCAUCGCGCUACAACAGCUCCUUCCAGCCCGCCCUGUCCAUCACCACGGCCAAGGUUGCCAGCUAUGGGGGACCUUCCCGGGCUCGUGCGCCUUUCCAUCGCGCUGCGCAUCCAGCCCAAUGACGGCCCUGUUUUCUUCAAGGUAGACGGCCAGCGCUUCGGCCAGAACCGCACAAUCAAGCUGCUCACCGGCUCCUCCUAUAAGGUGGAGGUGAAGAUUAAGCCUACAACACUGCAGGUCGAGAACAUUUCCAUUGGUGGCGUGCUUGUCCCACUGGAGUUGAAGUGUAAAGAGCCUGAUGGGGAAAGAGUUGUCUACACAGGCAUAUAUGAUACAGAAGGUGUAGCUCCUACCAAAAGUGGAGAGCGACAACCCAUCCAGAUCACCAUGCCGUUCACAGACAUUGGGACCUUCGAGACAGUGUGGCAAGUCAAGUUCUACAAUUACCACAAGCGAGACCAUUGCCAGUGGGGAAGCCCAUUCUCUGUCAUUGAGUAUGAAUGCAAGCCCAAUGAGACACGCAGCCUCAUGUGGGUGAACAAGGAGUCCUUCCUCUGAAGAUGGCUCCUUCUGAUGUUGCUAGACAAUCUCCAGAAAUCUACGUUUAGAGAAACCAGCACAAGCCUCAACCAAGGCACACCACACCAUGGCUGUUUCCCAAUGACCUCUUAAUCCCAAUUACUUUGUGUGAUUCCUCUCUGGCACCGUAGCCGUGACAUAAAAGAUGAUGUCACAUCCCCGAAAGUUCUCCCGCCACUAUUCUAUGCUGGUGUUCCUGCAUCAAUCCACACUCUGUCAUACUGUCUGCCAGUAUGACUGGAGCUCAGUGGGACUAGCAGAUUUGUUUUAUACCUGAAAGUUCCACAGAAGGACCCAUGGUGUUUUGUUUCUAAGACAAGCAAUUCCUCCCUUUUGUGUUCGUUGUCAAAUUAAAAUAACAAUGUGCUUGAGUUCCCGUGUGUGAUAUUGUAACAUGUAGCAUGCAGUGUUUGUGAGCAUCCAAAACAGAUUCUGAAAAUGUAACGCAAUCACCAGUAAACAGGAUUUGAACAUGUUGUGCUUCCUAUCAACUGCUCAGCUUUCUCAGAGAAAGAAAGAUAAUGACAGAAUAAAAAGAUGAAUCUAUACAGAAACAUGUAUUACUAAUCUUUCAAGUAGCAAGGCAUUAUGCUGUGGCCUAGUAGAAAUAGGGAAAAGACAUUGUUGUGGAAUUGGAACUUUGGCUCACCCUAUUGGCAAGCUACCAUAGACUAAACACACAUAGAGAUGGCAUCCCUACGUACCAUUUCACUUCAACUUUGUACAACUGUGUAUGGAAUGGUAAUCAACUUUUGAUAUUUCUUAAUAAAGACAUUGAAAAUCCUGCCCCAA